AUGCCUUCGGAGUCGUUUACACACGUUCUUCCAGAUGCAGAUAUUUUCAACCUAAAAGCGAGGCCAAAUUUUACAGAAAAGAAACCAGGCCAACUUCCAGAUCAUAUGAUAAAACAAUACUUUGAAAAUGGUUAUGUGAUCGUGAAGGACUUCUUUACUAAGGAAGAAUUGGAUCCCUGCAGAAAGGCUAUUAACAGAUUUGUUGAUCUGCUGGCUCAAAAAUUGUACGAAUCUGGACGAAUCAAAUCGCUCUACAGUGAGUUCGGAUUUUUUGAACGCUUGUCGAAGCUUGAAGAAGACUUUUCUGGCGCAAAUAUAAUGUUACACAAAUACGGAGUUUUACCACAGGUUGCACACAGAGGUCACAAGACCGGUAAAGUUGCUCACCAUCAGUGUUGUUACGGAAAGACCUUGUAUGUCAUGUUGGAGGAAGAGGAAAUGGUCAAAACAUUAGAAGUAGAUUUAGACAAAGACAUCGUUACCUGUGAAGUUCCCUAUGGUGGAAUGUUGUUGCUGAACAAUAUGAUACCUCACAGAAGCUUGCCGAAUAUGUCAAAAGAGAUCCGCUGGAGCCUUGAUCUUCGUUGGCAAAAACCAGGUUAUCCCUGCGGAUUUUAUGGUAUAAAGGACCUUCUACUGUUUCGGACGUCCAAGGAUCCCAACCAUAAAAUCGACUGGACAGGCUUUGAUGGGGAUGACCGCUGGGCUAAACAGAAGGAAUCAGUCAAAGACCUCAAAGGCAUACUUCCGAAUACAGAAGAUGCUGAGUUUGACACCACUAUGCCGGGGCCGUGGAUGAAGAAGUGGGAGCUCGUUCAUCAUAACGAACACACGGACAAACUGAAGGAAAUCAAGGAGCUCACCUGGCACGUCCCCAGCAAAUCUUACCUUGACCCACUUAAAGCAUGCUUCACAAACUUUAUAUUUGACCAUACCAUUUACAAUACUGACGUUAUAACCAUAGACUUAAAGUUUUAUGUCUCCAUGCAUGAUAAACAAUGA